AUGAAUCGCGACACGCUCUCCCUCCUGCUGAACUUCGUGGCGGUGAGCCUGUCGGCCACCGCUCUCAUCACCACCUACUGGUGCGUGGGCACGCAGAAGGUGCCGAAGCCAGCCUGCACUCCGGUCAGGACGACAGACUGUACCCCCAGCCCCAGCGCCGACACCAACAGCAGCUUCGGUGACAGCGAGUACAGCUGGGAGACGGGGGACGACCGCUUCACCUUCCGGGCCUUCCACACUGGCAUCUGGACCUCCUGCCAGGAGAACAUCACUGGCACAGGGGAGCAGUGCCGGAGUUUCAUUGACUUGACUCCCAUCACACAGCAAGGUAUACUGUGGCUCUCGCUGGUCUCCGAAGUUCUCUACAUUGUUUUGCUGUCCAUUAGUUUCCUGUUGAUGGGCUUGGAGAUGUGCUUCCCUCGAAAUUCCAGCUGCGGACUCAAGCUCAAUGCAUUUGCAGCCGUCUUCUCGGUGCUGUCAGGUCUGCUGGGGAUGAUAGCCCACAUGAUGUACACGCAGGUUUUCCAAGUAACAGUCAGCCAAGGGCCGAAGGACUGGAUACCCCAUCGUUGGGACUUCGGCUGGUCCUUCUACUUGGCCUGGCUCUCCUUCACCUUCUGCAUGGCGUCCUCGGUCACGGCUCUGAACAUUUACACCAAGACGGUGCUCGAGUUCCACCAGUCGCUGAAGAUCUCCAAGCAGAGGCUAAAGCAGCGACCCGGGGGGCUCAGCUAUUUCUCCAGCCGUUCCAACCAGUCCGCCUCCAUCUUCACUAACCUGGCCCCCGGUCUCCUGGUAAGGGCCGGGUCGGUGGACGAGCCCGACUCAGUAGAGACCCUGGGGGAGGAGCGCUGCUAACCCCGCCCGACGGACUGAAUGGUCGGUUGCGUGCAGUU